AUGGAAGAAGUCAGGGAAGACUUCCUGGAGGAAGAGACAUUUAAAGGCCCGCACUGCGCCGGCCUCUGCCCGCCUGACACUUACGGAGUCAACUGCUCCGCACGCUGCUCCUGCCACAACGCCCUGGCCUGCUCGCCCAUCGACGGCGCCUGCGUCUGCAAGGAGGGUUGGCAGCCUGGUAACUGCUCUGUGCCCUGCUUACCUGGAACCUGGGGCUUCGGUUGCAACGCCAGCUGCCAGUGCGCCCACGAGGCAGCCUGCAGCCCCCAGACCGGGGCCUGUACCUGCACCCCUGGGUGGCAGGGGGCCCACUGCCAGCUCCCGUGCCCGAAGGGACAGUUCGGUGAAGGCUGUGCCAGUCGCUGUGACUGUGACCAUGCUGACGGCUGUGACCCUGUUCACGGACGCUGCCGGUGCCAGGCUGGCUGGACGGGCACCCGCUGCCACCUGCCCUGCCCCGAAGGCUUCUGGGGGGCAAACUGCAGUAACACCUGCUCUUGCAAGAAUGGGGGCACCUGCAUCCCCGAGAACGGCAAUUGCGUGUGUGCGCCUGGGUUCCGAGGCCCCUCCUGCCAGAGAUCCUGCCAGCCUGGCCGCUAUGGCAAACGCUGUGUGCCCUGCAAGUGUGGUAACCACUCCUCCUGCCAUCCCUCGAAUGGGACCUGCUACUGUCUGGCUGGCUGGACGGGCCCCGACUGCUCCCAGCCGUGCCCUCUAGGACACUGGGGAGCCAACUGCGCCCAGCCCUGCCAGUGCCGCCAGGGGGGGGCCUGCCACCCCCAGGAUGGGAGCUGUUUCUGCCCCCCAGGCUGGACUGGAUACCUCUGCUUAGAAGGCUGCUCUCCGGGGAUGUUCGGUGCCAACUGCUCUCAGUCCUGCCAGUGUGGUCCUGGAGAGAGGUGCCACCCAGAGACGGGAGCCUGUGUGUGUCCCCCGGGGCACAGCGGCGCCCCCUGCAGGAUUGGAAGCCAGGAGCCCUUCACCAUGAUGCCUGCCUCUCCGGUGGCCUAUAACUCGCUGGGGGCAGUGAUUGGCAUUGCGGUGCUGGGGUCCCUGGUGGUGGCCCUGCUGGCACUGUUCGUCGGCUACCGCCAUUGGCAAAAAGGCAAGGCACACCAACACCUGGCCGUGGCCUACAGCAGCGGGCGGCUGGAUGGCUCUGAGUACGUCAUGCCAGAUGUCCCUCCCAGCUACAGCCACUACUACUCCAACCCCAGCUACCACACCCUGUCACAGUGCUCACCGAAACCCCCGCCCCCGAACAAGCUUCCGGGCAGUCAGCUCUUUGGCAGCCUGCAGGUCCCUGAGCGGCCAGGGGGGGCUCACGGGCAGGAUAACCACAGCACCCUGCCUGCGGACUGGAAGCACCGCCGGGAGCCCCCUGCAGGGCCUCUGGACAGGGGUAGCGGCCGCCUGAGCUACAGCCACAGCUACCGUAGCAGCGACGGCCCAGGCCCGUUCUCUGGGAAAGAGGGGCUGGGGGCCAGCGUGGCUUCCCUGAGCAGCGAAAACCCCUACGCCACCAUCCGGGACCUGCCCAGCCUCCUCGGGGGCCUCCGGGAGAGCAGCUAUGUGGAGAUGAAAGGCCCCCCCUCAGGGUCUCCCCCCAGGCAGCCCCCUCCACUCCGGGACAGCCAGAGGCGGCGACACCCCCAGCCACAGAGAGACAGUGGCACCUAUGAACGGCCCAGCCCUCUGACCUAUGAUGGAGACUCUGUGGGCUCCCAGCCCCCACUGCCUCCGGGCCUGCCCCCUGGCCACUACGACUCCCCGAAGAACAGCCACAUCCCUGGACACUAUGACUUGCCCCCAGUACGGCAUCCCCCGUCACCCCCAGUUCGGCGCCAGGACCGCUGAGAGGUCGGGGUGGUGCGCAGAGGCCAGUACCUGCCCUUCGCGGCCCGGGGCUGGGGGCAGGGCCUGCUGUACCCUGCCAGGAGCGGGGAGAGGACCGGCAGGCCGUGAACGUGAACACGCCUGACAGAGGAAGCGAAUGUCCGGGACACCGGGGCCUGGAUCCCGGGUUCCAUCGUGGGAGACACCGGUCAGCAGGAGGCCUGCCUUCCCUUUUGUACGUUUCGCAACCUGCUGCUCCCCAGGGCCCCAAGGCCUUUGUACAUAAACUG